AAUAAACUAUUUAUUAAAGUUAAAAAAAAACUAUUUAUCUUUAUUAAUAUAUUGUCUUAUCAUGAGGUGAUUAACGUGGCAUCUAGAGGAUUGCUUGGCCUGAGAAAAAUGGGGAGGAAGACGUGGUUCGACGACGACGGGAUGAAGAAAGGAGAGUGGACGGCGGAGGAAGACCAAAAGCUUGUUGCCUACAUCAACGAGCAUGGCUUAUGUGAUUGGCGUUCUCUCCCCGAACGAGCUGGUUUGCAGAGAGGUGGAAAGAGCUGCAGAUUAAGGUGGCUUAACUAUCUAAGGCCUGGGAUUAGAAGAGGCAAAUUCACUCCUCAAGAAGAAGAAGCGAUCAUCAAACUUCAUGCUGUUCUCGGAAACAGGUGGGCAGCCAUAGCGAAGGAGAUGGAGAAUCGAACAGACAACGACAUCAAGAACCAUUGGAACUCUUGUCUCAAGAAAAGACUGUCGAAGAAUGGAAUCGACCCGAUGACCCACGAGCCCAUUAUCAAUAACCUAACCGUAACGACCACUAACGAAGAAGAAUGUGGUAGCUCUCCCACGAAUACGUCGCUGACGACGGAAGGCCAUUUUUCCUCCUCACCUUCCGGGUUGGCUCGUCUCCUGAACAAGCUUGCCGCAGGUAUCGCAUCUAGACAACACGAUCUCGACAGGAUUAAGAACAUCUUGUUGGACCGGAAAAUCACUAUCAAUGAUCAAGACGAAGAAGGAGGAUUAAGGAGGGACCAGAAGAUUGGCGAAGAAGAUGAUUUUCUGAUAUGGGACGAUGGAGAAGUUAGACGUUAUAUGGACAUUGACCCAAUGGAGUACGAGACGACACCGUAUGACUCUGUCUUGUACGAGAGUACUCAGAUACUUGAUCAUCUCUUCUGACUCAUUCGAGUGCUAGUGUUUGUGUGUUAUUAGCAUAUGGUGUAUUGUAGCAACAAAGAAAAUUAAUGUGGACCACUUUGACCAAGAGAAUGAUUCCCUAAAGGGAAA